CUCUCCCUCUCUCUCUCAUGUAGCUUUCUUUAUUCUAUCAGAUCUAACAUAUAAAUACAGCGAGCUGAUAUAUAUUUCCUAUUGCCUCAAUCUCUCUUUGAUGAAGGUCACAAGAGCCCAUCAACAUCUCUCAAUCUUUCAGCCCCAUGCAUGAACCCAUUGAAUUGAGUAUCUUUGCCUCUGCAAAAGGAAACUAAGCAACCCAGAAAAACACCCACAACUAAUUCUUUAUCCACCUCUCUCUUUCCCAUCUCUACCUAUUUUUCUCUUCUGGGUUUUCUCUUCAAGUCCGUGCAUAAAAUCUCUUAUGAUGUCGCCGGAUGAUAUUCCGGCAAAUCCGGUCAGCAAAGAUGAAACCCAAGGCUCCGGCGGCCGGAAAACGGGUGCUCACAGGCCUCCGGAUCAAGUCCUCAAGUGCCCACGAUGUGACUCACCCAACACAAAAUUCUGCUACUACAACAAUUACAGUCUUACACAGCCCAGACAUUUCUGCAAGACAUGUAGAAGGUACUGGACGAAAGGAGGAGCUCUACGCAACGUUCCGAUUGGAGGCGGCUGCCGGAAAAACAAGAAGAUAAAAUCGUCUUCAAGGCUUUCUGGUGAUUCGAAGGAUGUCGGUGCAUCUUCGGAGAUGGGUGGAUUGAAGUUCUUUCAUGGUCUCUCUCCAGCCAUGGAUUUUCAGCUCGGUGGGCUUCCUUUUCCAAGGCUUCAUUCGUCAACACCUCCUGUUUACAACCAGUUUUCAUCAUUUGGGGACAUCUCAGCAACUUCUACUGCUUCUGCAGCUGUUUCUACUCCUUCUUGUUUCAGCAUCGAUCAACCCGGGAGCUCAAGUUCCUUGAUGGGGUUCAAUUAUCCACUUCCUUCUGUUCUAAAACAAGGGGAGGGUGGUGGAUUUGGAGGUGCAAUUCAGGACAUGGGUUCUAUGAAUGUUCACAGUAGUCUUGCAUCUUCCAUCGAGUCCUUGAGUUCCAUAAACCAAGACCUGCACUGGAAAUUACAGCAGCAGAGAUUGGCGAUGCUGUUUGGGGGAGAGAAUCAGAAAGACAGCAGCGUUUCGUCUGUUCCUCCGGAAAAUCAGAAUCAAAAACUGCAACCCAUUUUGUUUCAGAACCUGGAGAUCUCAAAACCAGAAGUUUGCGCCGUUGGUAAUUCAAGAAAGGACAGCGCCAGUGGCAACCCAGCAACUGAGUGGUUCUUUGACACCUACACACCAGUAACCCCCACCACUACAAACACUAGUACUGGCGGCAACGGCAACGAUAACACAAACCACUGGAAUGGAAUUCAAGCUUGGAGCGAUUUGCAUCAGUACAGUACUUUGCCCUAGUUGAGGAGCAUCAAGAGGUAGCCCAUUUAAAGAAGAUGAAAAGACUGGAAAACAUACCAAGAAUUCUGAAUUCUCUAAAGUCGAAACCCAUCUCCCAUAUAUGUAUCUUCUUGUUUUAUGUGCCGGUGCAGAUCCACAACAAAAAGUAGGGCAAGAGAGAAAAGUAACGUUGUUUUUUUUUUUUUCCUUUUUUUUUUAGUUUCCCCUUCUAUUUAUAAAUGUUGUAGCAGGGUGAUCCGAUCAAUAGUUUUCGUUCUUGAUGUCGUUGCCUUUGUUGAUGAUGGUGAAUCUCCAUUUUGUUUGCAUGUUCCUACAAAAACGCAGGACUAUUACUGUUUAUGGGUAGCAAUAAAAGACUAGUUGUAGAACGAAGUGAAAGCGGUGGGGAUUUCUUUCUCCAUCUCAAAAUGUCUUUGAUGUUUCUAUCUGUUUCUCCAUCAAGAAGCAAUGGAUUGCAAAUUAUGAUUCGGGGACUUAGAAUAAGAAUAUAGCUUCUGUUAUUAGAUUGCAGCAGCUCUUUAUGAGGAGAUGCUGUCUCUCAUCCAUCCCUUUUUUUUUCCUGUUUUUUUUUUUUUUUAAGUUCUCCCCUUCGACUCUUAUCUCUACUUCUCAAUCGCUGCUUUGGGAUCUGUGAUAGAUUUUGAACUGUUAUUGAAUAGAUUUAAUGCCAUAUCUUUGAUUUGUUUUA